AUGCUGCCAAGUAUAGCUGGCAAAAGUGGCUUGAUCACCCUGCACUGCAUCCUUGCUCCUUGCAGGACACCAGAUGUGGCAGGCUAUCACAUAGCCAACAGUCUUGAAACUUUCCCCGAGAUCACUCUUCUCAACAGCCAAGAGAGCUGUGACAACAGGUCAGGCGCCGGCUUUGUAGCAAGGGAUACCACACAAUCCCUGAGGGUAACAGACAACGCCUUCUCGCUACAAGCAGAGGCAGUUGCGAUCACGGGAGCCCUAGUCCACGCGUCCCUGAGGGAAAGACACAUCACACAAACAAUUGACCAUGAAAACUGGUGUUGCAUGCACUGUGGUGAAACAAUUGUAUGUUAUGUUAAGUUUUCCACGAAAAAUGUUCAGCGGGACAACUUUAUUGACAAUCCAGGUCCGCGAGCAAGCCUUCUGAUUGGCCGACGGGGAGGCGGCCUUGCCAUUGACGUCGGAGCCUUCAGGCGCUGCACACCGCGGGAAAUGCAAGCGGAAAACCAAGCUGGCUGGAAAACACCAAGAUUGAGUGACAGGAAGUCACGGGGCCAAAAGAUGGACCAUGCAUUUCCUAUUGCAGCCGAAGGAAAAAGCAGGGUCCCCUCUGCAUUUGUAAGGCCUUUCCCACCUGGAGAGGACGAUUUUGCAAUGGAAAGGGAAAGCGCAGUUCCGGCCUUUGUUCAUAAACAUCAAAGUUCUUCUCCACACUUUCCCUCACCCCACCUUCUUGGGUUGCAGAGUGGCACAACAGUAACACCAGUAAAGGGACUAGCACGAAGUCCAAGGACAGGGUCUCCCAUUCCCAGCCUUGGCCACACACCCCAUGCCUCUCCCAGCUCUCGUGACUUGGAACUUCACUCUUUGCGGAACCAGGUCCAAGAGAUCCAAGAUAAGUUAAAUGGGGACAUCAUAAGCAGUACAGAAUAUCAGCAGCUAUUCUAUGAGAAGGUGAAACUUGAGGAAAUGUUGGGGGCCACAGAACAUGAACUCCAACAGCUUCAAACUGCAUAUAAUGACUUGGAGACAAAUGCUGCCUUGACUGAGAGGAAUUUGAACUCAGAGCUCAGAGAUAUGAAAGAAAAAUAUCAGGCUAAAGCAGAAAAGCAUAAAGCCACACUGGAAGAACUAACAAGAUUAACAGACUACCUGAGAGACCUGCCCACCCUGGACGAGCACCAUCAACUGCAACAACAGCUAGCCAGAAAGUCUGCCCAGUCUACACAUCUGUCCAGGAAAAUUGACCACCUCACUCAGAAAUUGGCUGAGUUGGCAGCGAGGGAGAGUGAACAGGAGGCCAGAAUUGAAGUCUUGUCUCAGGAGAAGGAAGACUUGGCUCUCAAACUAGGACUAACUGAGAAAAUUUUAAAG